AUGGGAGACUUUAAUUGUAUUUUGCGUCUUGAUGAGAAGAAGGGGGGUCUGGAGCCUAGGACCUCGGCUGUCAAUGAUUUUAGUGACUGGAUGGAUGAUAACAAUUUUUUCGAAGCCGAUUCUCUGGGUACCAAGUUCACUUGGACUAAUAGACAAUCGGGCUCUGAUAGAAUUAUAAGUAAACUUGAUAGAGCAAUUAUUAAUUCUGCUUGGCUGGCAAAGUAUGAAAACUGGCGAUAUAAAGCGCUUCCUAGAGAAGUCUCGAAUCAUUCUACUCUGUUGGGUUAUCCUUUUGUGGUUGCUCGUCCUAAGAGAGCUCCUUUUAGAAUGCAAAAGAUGUGGUUUUUGCAUUCAGAUUUCAUUCGUAUGGUUCAUGACAGUUGGAAUAUGCCAGAUCAGUUGAGAUUUGAAACUGCUGCGCGCAUCUCAGAUGAAGAUCCAACUGAUAUUGCUAAACUUAAUAUUAUGAAGGAUGCUAUGAAUACUCUUGGCGAAACCAGGCUUCAGCACACCACAAUGCUUAAGCAAAAUUCUAGAAAUCAGUGGCUUGUUGAGGGAUCAAGCAACUCCAAUUUCUUUCACAAUAGUAUUCGCAUCCGAAGGAGUUCAAACACUAUUUCCGAGUUAGUGGAUAACAAUGGAGUUACUAUUUCUGAUUAUGACCAGCUGCGCAACCAUGUGGAGGAGAAAUUUAAUGGACAUAAGUUGGAUUAUGAUAUGGAUUUAUUUGAUUUUGUUCAUGAUUCCAUUACUGCUGAGGAAAGUCUUGCCAUGGACAAAAUUCCUUCGCCUGAAGAAAUCAAACAAGGGGUUUUUGAUUUAGGAGCUGACAGUGCUUCAGGUCCGGAUGGCUUUUCUGGGUGUUUUUAUCGUCAUUGUUGGGAUAUUAUCCAAGAUGACUUGGUUAAGGAUGUGUUUCAUUGUUGGGGUACUGGUCAUAUUCCGAAUGGUGUGAAUUCUAGCCUUAUCAUUCUUCUGGCCAAGGUGGCGUUUAUGAAGGGACGCAAUAUCCAUGAGAACAUUAGUUUGGCUUCUGAGAUGGUCAAUGAGCUUCAUCUAAAACGCAAAGAUGGCAACAUUGGUCUUAAACUUGAUAUAUCUCAAGCUUUUGACACGGUGAGUUGGUCAUUUGUGUUAGAAGUUUUUCGUAGAUAUGGUUUUUCCGAUCAGUGGUGUUCUUGGAUUUUUAAUAUCCUUAAUUCUGCUAAAAUCUCUAUUCUUCUGAAUGGUAAUCCUGAGGGCUAUUUCAAAAUUAAUAGAGGUUUACGUCCAGGGGAUCCUCUUUCUCCUUUGAUUUUUGUUCUGAUUAAAUACAUUCUUAGCAGAAAUAUUACGAAGUUUUUUAGUGAGAAGAAAAUGACCCCUAUGGUUACAAGAGGUAGCAUUUCUCCUACUCAUCUUUUCUUUGCUGAUGAAAUUAUGAUUUUUUCCAAGGGAAAUCUAAAGAGUCUACAUAACCUGGUGGACUUAUUGGGUAAAUACCAACGCGCAUCUGGCCAAACUGUGUGUCGUCAAAAGAGUAAGAUAAAUUAUGGUGGUGGUUCUCUGAGUAGAAGAACUUAUCUUGCUGAUUAUUUAGGGAUGAGUGUUGCUACUUUUCCAGACCGUUACUUGGGAGUUCAAAUUAUGCCAGGCUCGGUUAAAUAUCAUCACAUUGAAAAUGUGGUUGAGAAGAUUAAAUCUCAGUUGGCUGGUUGGAAGGGAAGACAUUUAUCUUUUCAUGACCGUAUUAUUUUGGUUAAAUUUGUUAUUGCCAGUUAUUCUAUUCACAACAUGGCUAUCUAUCGUUGGCCACGGAAAUUCAUUCUUCAAUGUGAAAGAGCAAUAAGGAACUUUAUUUGGUCGGGAGAUUCAAAUGUUAGUCGCACUGUUGUAGUUUCUUUCGAUAAAAUCUGUUGCCCUUUUGAGGAGGGGGGCCUUGGGUUACCUCGUAUGGCUACUAUUAAUACAACUCUUCUCAUGAAACUUUGGUGGAAUAUUCGUACUUCUAAUAAGAAAUGGGCUGGUUUUUUACGAGCUAAAUUCUUUGGGAGAAAUGGUUGUAUCAAACAAUUUAGUGUUAAAUCUUCUAUUCUUCCUGGUAUUCGGAAGGUGCACCAACUAGUUGAUUCUAACACUAAAGUUCAGCCGGGUGAUGGAAGGUCUACUUCUCUUUACUAUGAUGCUUGGCAUGGUAAUAAGUGUGUUGCAGAUAUUUUAAAUGAUCAUUCACUUCACAGAACUGUUUUGGUAAGUGAUGUUUUGGUUGAGAACCAAUGGGUGAUCCCUGAUGUUCAUUUGAAUCUUUUGCUUGCUGCGCGUUUAGAUGUUAAUCAGCUUCCAAAUCCAGUUGGAGGGGAGGAUACUCGAAUUUGGAUGCCGGAAUACAAAGGGCAAUUCACUGUUAGCUCAGCCAAAAUUUUUAUUCGGCAGAAAUAUAGUAUGCUGGAUGGGGCGUCUCUCAUUUGGAGAAAAGAGAUUCAUCCAACAUUAGCUGCUCAAAAUUGUAAGUUCAUACGUAAAGCUUGCGCCACAUAUGACCUUAUCAGAGAUAGAUUUAAAAUCCAUCUAGCGAACAAAUGUUCUCUUUGUGGAACUACAGAAGAGACUCUGGAACACAUCCUUUUUCAGUGCAGUUUUGCUUCUCGUGCUUGGAAUUGGAUUUCAUCCGUUUUUGGUAUUAAUGCUAACUUUAAUCUUUUGAUUUCUUACAAGGCUACUCGGAGUAGGAGUCGAAUGAUUCGUGACCUGUGGCUACUGGCAAACCUGGAAUAUGGUGCUGGUGGUGUCAUGUAUUCUGGUGUAGGAGUUUCAUGUGCUGGUGAAGGUGGUGGUGUGUACAUUAGUACAGGAGUUACAUUAGUGUGUGUUGGUAGUAGUCUUUUUGCUAAUAGAUUCAGUGGGGUUGGUGAUGUUUUUGUGGUUGGUGGUGUUUUUUAA